AAUCAACAGAAGGGUCGUUAAACCAUGCUUGGCAUCUUGACAGUGUUGGCCUCAGUGGCUCUGCUUUCUCAGGGGCAGUAUGUGGUUCCCGUCCCAACAAUCACCGCCCUGUCUCCCGGAAUAAGCUUCUCAAUUCCCGAUGAGAGUGGUAUAUCGUUGGUUGCAUACCAUUAUAGCAUAAACGAACCCUUAUUAGGAACGGCCCCAGGACAGUACAACUUUGAUAUAAAUGCAGCUACAGGUAAUGCGUGGUUGCACGAAAACACAGGCGUUGUUUUGAUAAAUGGUGACGUAGUAAAUUAUUGGGUAUACGUCACUAAAAGCGGGGGAGGUUACCAGUUGCUUGACCAGUCAUGGACGUAUAAUGAUGGUAGUACACCAACCGUAGCUCCAACGUCAAGCCCCGGGAGUUGCACUACGUACCCAUGUCUCAUAUUCGAGGAUAACUUCGAUAGUCUCAACUAUGAGAACUGGCAACACGAAAUCACUGCAGGCGGUGGUGGGAAUUGGGAGUUCCAGUAUUAUACGAACAAUCGCUCCAACAGUUACACGAAGGAUGGAAAUCUUUACAUAAAACCUACUCUCACCGAAGAUAAAUUCGGACCCAACACCCUCGGAUCAGCGACCCUUAAUCUUUGGGGAGCGAGCCCCGCAGACCUGUGCACCGGAAACCAAUGGUGGGGAUGUGAAAGGACCGGAUCGUCUACUAACUACAUCAACCCGAUACAAUCCGCCCGUCUCAGGACCGUUAAUAAGUUCUCGUUCCAAUAUGGCCGACUCGAAGUGCGAGCCAAGAUGCCACAGGGAGAUUGGAUUUGGCCAGCAAUAUGGUUAUUACCCAAUAAUGCAGAGUACGGCGGUUGGCCAUCUUCCGGUGAGAUUGAUCUCGUCGAAGCAAGAGGAAACAGAUUCUUGGUGGAUUCUGGCGGCAACUCAAAAGGCAUUGACAACGCCGCUUCUACCAUGCACUGGGGGCCUUUCUGCUGUGAGAACAGAUACGACUUAACACACGGCGACAAGACAUUAACAUCUGGAACGUUUGGUGAUUCCUUCCACACGUAUACAAUGGAAUGGGACGAAAAUUCCAUUCAGUUCUGGAUAGAUGGCGAGAGCAUCAUGACAGCUGAUCCCGGACCAAAUGGUUUCUUUAAUUUUGGCGGAUGGGACCAACGAUUUGGUCCAGAGACUAAUCCCUGGCAAUACAGUCAAAACAAAAUGGCCCCCUUUGAUAAACCAUUCUACCUGAUUAUGAACGUGGCAGUCGGAGGUACAAACGGAUUCUUUAGUGACGAUUUGAUAAACUCCCCCUACCCCAAACCUUGGCUCAACACAUCCCCAACUGGACCCAGGGACUUCUGGCUCGCAAAGGAUGACUGGUACCCAACGUGGCAGGGCGAAGAUGCUGCUAUGCAGGUUGAUUACGUCAGAGUUUGGAAGAUGAAAGCCUAACACUGAUUGGGCAGUGAUAGCGUAAAGACCCGGAUGUUUAAUGGCGACCACCUAACAGCCUAAUGAACGACAAUGGACAAUGUGUUGAAUCUUGAUAAAUUAAUAAACUAUAAAACUAAGAUAUGUGAUUGUAAAGUGUGUCAAAUAUUACUUAUUUUUAUCUUUGAUUUAGAAUAACGUUAAUUUUUUAUAUAGCAAC